CAGGCUUAUAAUUGACGAAUGCCUCCUUUUACCAACAUACAUAGGUUUGUAGCUGUCUCAGUUUGGAGUAACAGAGUAGUUUCUCCACUUUGUAGCUUGGAUGAUGGUGUUGUCUGCUAUGGAUCUGGGUUGGAGAAGGGUCCACUUGUUGGUCUUCCUGACUUUUUUAAAGUAUGCUUUUGGAUAUGAAGGUUGGAUUCCUCAGGAUGUUCAACCUCAACAGGACUGGCCUAUCCACAAGCACUUCUCUCCUCGGGGACUCCAGUCUUCUGUGUUGACGGCUCCAGCAACUGGAAGCAUUCCUUUUGAAGAAGUGGCCCCUAAUGUUGUUCCUGGAAAAAGUACAAGUGGCUCACUUGCUCUGUCUCAAAGUACUGGAAGUAAGAAUAUCCCUGGAUUGUAUGUCAAGCUUCUAGCUGCACCUCCAGUUUUUAGCCAGUCUACCAGUGGUCAAAGCUCAAACCGUCCUUAUACAUCAAGCUCCCGGAGCCCAGUUGGCCCUCCGCUGAAAACUUCCUAUCAAUAUGUACCUGUACAGGGAGGUAUUUAUGGUCCGUCUGCCCAACGUCAAGGUACAUCUAGCCAGUAUGCUCCAGGUCUUUCCUUGGGUGAAAAAUUGCCUAUGUCCAGCCAGUACUAUCAAGCAACUCAGAGUGGUUCUCCCUCUCCGAGCUGGGUAUCUCCGAAGUGGCGGCCUUCAGCCUCUGUGAGCCAAGGAUUGCAGGCCUCUGGUGCGGCAGUAUUACAAGGAUCAGGUACAUCACAGAGUAGCUCUUGGUCUCCUAGUAGGUCCCCUGUACUGUCCUCUGCAGGAGGUUCAAUCAGCCAGAAAGCUCCAGUUACUUUGGUUGCAAAAGUGCCUGUGUACAGUCAAGCUGCUCAAAGUGGCCAGCCAUCACAAUGGCAGCCUUCUGCUACUAGAUUACAGUUCUCUGGUUUAGGAGCAUCACAGAGUAGCCCUCCCUCUCAAGACCCGUCUCAAAGUGCUUCAAGUCUGUAUAGUCUUGUGUCCCCUGCAUAUGGCAAACCUAGUUCCUCCCUGCUUGACGUUUCUAGCCAAUCUGCCAGUGGUCAGAGCUCUUACACGAAGUAUACACCAAUCUCCCAGAGGAGGGCUGGCACUCAGCUGCCAGACUCUAGUCCUUAUGUUCCUGUAAGCACCUCCACUGAUGGCUCCUUACUCCAACUGCAAGGUACUGCUGCUCUGUCUGGACCACCUACUUUGGAUGCAAAAGUGCCUGUUUACAGUCAAGGUGUCCCAAGUGGUUCCUCUGCUCUGACCCAGACAUCUUGGUUGAAGCCGUCUACUUCUAGGUGGUCCCAAGGAUUUCAGGCCUCUGGAGCGGUGACAUCAGACAGUAGCUCUCCCCCUCAAGGUUCUAAGGUUCCCAGUAGAUUCUCCAUUACCUCAGCAGCAAGUCCCAGCAAAUUUGCCUCUGCUCAGGACGCAAGAGUGAAAUAUAGUGGCUUGGCCGUUCAACCUCAAAGUACAUCAAAACUAUAUAGUCCUGGAUAUGGCAAAUUUCCUGCCUCACCCCUAGGUGUUGGUCAGUCUACCAGUGGACAAAGUGCUUCCAGUCAGUAUACACCAAGCUCCCAGAGCAGUGCUGGCACUUGGGUACAGGGUUCUACUAACUAUGCACCUGUGCAGACAGGAAGCACCUCCACUGAUCUUUCAACUCUGCAGCUGCCAAGUAUCUCUAGCCUGUAUGACCCUAUGCCCCCCAGUGCAAAAGUGCCUGUGUAUGGUCUGGCUGCUCAACGUGUACCCUCAGUGUCGCGGCUCCAACCAUCUAAAUGGCAAUCUUCCCCUAGUUGGUCACAAGGUUUUCAGACCUCUGGUACAGUCGUGUUACAGAGUGGUGCUCCAUCUCAAGGCUCCAAGGCUCUCAGUAGGUUCCCUACUCUUUCCUCUGUAGCAAGUACUGGCCAGUUCGCCUCCACUCAAGGAAGUGUUGGAUAUAGUGGCCUGUCCAGGCCGUCUCAAGAUGUCUCAAGUCCGUCUAGUCCUGGGUCUUCUGCAUAUGCCAAACGUGGGUCUUCCCUCAGUUUGUCUAGCCAGUCUACAAGCGAUCAAAGCUCUUCUGGUCCGUAUUCAUCAGACUCUCAGAGUGUGGCUGGAACUCAGCUGGCAGGUUCUAAUCUUUAUGUGCCUGCUCAGACAGGAAGUACCUCUAGUGGUGCACCCCUCAAGAUUCAUUCCUGUAACCAUCGUGCCCCUUCUGUGUCCUGUAAUUGCAAUGCCGCUUCAAGUGGAUCCCCCUCAACUGGCUCGCAGGCACCUCAAAAACAAGGGUUUCAGGCUUCUGGCAUGGCUGUGCCUCUCGGCAACUCUCCCCCUCAGAGUCCUGUGUCUACUUCUCAGACCUCAAGUUUCUUUGUCGGGCUCAGACCCACUAAGCUCUUGGCUCAAGCUGCUGCUGGCUCCGCAAUCGGCAGCCAAAUAUCUCCUGGUGUGCCUGCUUCAGUUCAGUACCCCUCAGACUCCAUGACUUCAUCUGUAGUGUCACGUGUCCAAGGAGACUUACAGGGUCAAUUAUCUGGUCAGUCUAUUGACUCAAGUAGCUAUGACCAGGACCCUUCCCAGGACUCUUCUACAGGAUGAUCCUUGUAAUUUGGCUCAUUAGACUAGUGUGUAAUUCUGUGACUUGAAGCAAUAAAAUGCAUUAAUGGAA